CUCGUAAGCAUCCUCUUGCUGUUCUCAGGAUCGUGCGAUUAAGGAUUUUCUCUGUUUCUCUGUUUCUCUGUCGUGCUACCCGGGCUAACCAGAAGGGUAGAAGAAGACGAUAGGGCUCCGACUAACUUGAAGGUAAGUACUAGUACCAGCCGCUAUUGCUUUAGAGAAAGGUGCUGUCAAGGCCCAACAAUGCCUACCUAGGUACCUGCCCCAGAUGCCUUUGAGGCGAAUACUAGUACCAGGUAUAUCCUUCCAACACGACUGGUACUGUGUGGUGACCGUACAUUAAUAGCAACUUGCAGCAAUCACUUGCUGUUCAGAGACCAGUGACCAUGCCGGUCCCCAGAGGGUCGCAUGAAGUCUCAUGUCCAAAGAAUAGAGGGGAACAGUCACUGUUAUGAAACGGUAACUGCACAACAGCCGCCCUUGGUCACUCCAGAUUGGUAGCCGUCACCGACAAGCUACCAUUGAUGUUGUCAAACCUACAGGGUGCAACUGCACUUGAUAGGUGCCACGUCGUGACGGGGUUGCCGUGCGUACCCGGAAAGACUGCGCCCAUGGCCAGCAACCUUGACUCUUCUCUCUAUAAAUCCACGACUUGUCUCCGAGUCGUGCUUUAUUAGGCACUGAGACUGACCUGUGCCUUCUGCAUCGUAACAUCCAAAAUAUUGAGGGCAGGAGCUGUGGGCCAGGCACUCAUCUGCGACUUCCAGCCACCCGCGACACUGGUGAAGAUUGUCAGGGAGAUUCUCUCCUUCUAGAGGAGCACAUGAGCAUACAGGCACACGGGUCUACACGGGUCUACACGAGCACAACACAACUACCCUCAUCUUAGUGUUGACGGCAAAGAAUGGACUCGUCAAAGGAUGUCUACCUCAUCAGAUACACCCCAAGGGCCGGAUUUCGCGCCCAUUUUGCCCUGUAUCUCGUCGAAGGAGACUUCCCCGGAACUGGAAUCCUGAUACAUGUCGUUGGGUUACCGAUGUCUGGUUUCGAGCUGCAGAUCAGACAGGACUAUGAUCUGCGUGGCACAACACGACGGUACACAUUCUUUAAACUUGGACAGGUAUCUGCAACAUCAGCCGCCACUAUGCAGCAGCUCGCCUCCCGUGUGCCGCCACCAGGCAAAAGCGAGAACUUCCUGGCUCCUGUGGACGGGGAUAAAAACAAACGUUGUCAAGAAUGGACGGUCGAAUAUGUCAACCUCUUGGUUCAGCAUGGGCUUCUCAACCAGAACGCCCUGCAAAUUGUCCAUGCUCAACGCGAUCCUCCAGAUGUCGGUAUUACGCUGAAGCCUGUGCACAGAGGCCAACCUGCCGGCGGCGGCACCUGACGGCACCUCAAAGUCUUAUCUUCACGCCGGCGAUGGGCAAGCUUUCAACAACCGGGUUGAUAAAUGUUUGCCCCCUGCUCCCAGCCGAAUGACUUCCCGAGAGGAGAGUCUGCGGCGAUUUUUCUGCACGUUAAGUUUAUGGAGUAUGGAACAGAGGAAGCCACAGCGUCUAUAAUAGUUUAGUCGCGGCAACGGAAGCCAACCCUUGCCUACUCGGCCCUACAUCUUUGGCAGAAAUUUUACCAGGCUACAAUGAUAGGAGUAAGAAUGACAGUGGCAGAAGACGCCUUUUUGCUGUGUUACUUCCAAAUAUUCUGCUGAACCCUCCUCCGUUGUUCACUUCGUCUCAGAUUGCAGCUUGGUUUGCAGCUCCUUCCAUGUCGUGCUCACUGCCGGACAUCCAACUCCGCUUCCAGCGCCCCCUUUGAAAUUUUGCAGCGUUACGAUACAUGUUUGAAGGCGGGCCAGUUGAUCCGCGGCCGAAUUACCUGUUGCAAAAAUCAGUAUACGAGGAGACAAGAGUAGCAAUCUGGGGACGCGAAACUGACCGGAUGGGAAUGCUGCCCCUCCUGCCACAGUUUGUUCCACCGCUUUGACGAAUGUGUCCAGAGUGGGUGGACAGUCGCAUCUGUUGAAGAGUUAGAACUCUGCGUACAUGUGCAUGUGUCCAGGGCGGUGGGCCUGGGAGCAUGAUGGCUUACGGUAUCCCCUUCCCGCCAUCACCCACGCAAUUUGCGGUUCCAUCAUUCGCUUUUAUUCCAGCAGUGAUGCCGAAAGGCGGGAUGAGUGCCGCGUCCACGGAGGACGAACCAGUACUAGUCCCAGAUGAGGAGGCUGUGCCAGAAGUCCCGGUACCAGUGUUUGCUGCAGUCGCAGUAGCUGCCGGGGCUACCGCAGAGGUUGCUGUGAUGAACGUGGUAGGAACGUUGCCACCGCUGCCGCGACUGAAGGAGCCGCCUCCUCGGCCUCCACCCCGCCCGCCAUCAUGGUUCCUUUGAGCAAGGACGGAGGAGGCCGGGAGUAUUGCGACGAGCACGCACGCCGUAAUGAGGGAGCCACGCAUUUUUUUGACGUUCAAUGAAUAUUUGGCGAUUCUCGUUGCUGGAUGGGUGUUUGAAGAAGUCGCAAGCAAGAUGUCGACCGAACAGUUGGUUGGGUCGAUUUGGAACGGAAAUGGGUAAUUACUAGGCCGCACUGCGAACUUUGAGAUCGAAGGAGAACAAAUCACGA